GAAAAACAAAGUAAAUGACUUCCAGCUUUAAAAUGAAAUGUCUGUGCUUGUAUGAAAGAAUUCUUUUUGUUCUACAUAAACAAAGUUUGACAGCUCGACAGGACUGAGAGCAGAAUCUUGGCCUUUUAGUUCUUAAACUGGUAAAUUUUACAAGUUUUAAACUUGUAAAUGUAGUAAUUACAGAGCAUCAACAGGAAGGCCUAACAAUGUUCCCUGUCUUCUGUAAACUGUUAAUGCUUUGGAGCAAAUAGUGAGGCUCUGAAACCAGAGCUGUUCCCGGGAUGCUCUGAUAUCCCACUGGGUAGGGGAAGAGUUGUUGCUCUGGGCCCAUGAGCUCUUGAGGUUGUGUUGCUGGUUGAUUGUUUUGGUCCUCUCUCCUCUUGAACAGGAACCAUGCCCAAGGAAGGAGGGAAGCAUGCUGAAAUGGGAAAAGAAACACAGGCACAGUGUAAACGAGCAAAGCUGGAAGCAGCUUGUUCUCCCUCAGUCCUGAGUUUUGAGAACCCAGACAGCCUCUUCGGGAGCUUGAUCUCCCCCAUCAAAGAAGAGGUGUUUUUCAAGGAGUACUGGGGGCAAAAGCCACUGCUCGUGCAGAGCAAUGAUCCCCUGGUGGCUGCUUACUCCCUGUCCCUGUUCCAGCUGUCAGACUUGAAGGAGCUGUGCAGCCAGGGCCUGUACUAUGGGCGAGAUGGGAAUAUCUAGUGUGUGAAUGGAGAGAAGAAGGUUUUAAAUAAAGAAGGCAAAGUGAAUUACGUGCAGCUGAAGAAGGAUUUUGACCAGAAAAAGGCAACAAUACAGUUUCAUCAGCCUCAUGCACCAUGGAAAGGAGGAGCUGUGGAAGAUUUUCAGGAGAAGCUGGAGUGCUGCUUUGGGUCUCUGGUGGGGUCCAAUGUUUCCAUCACUGCCCAGGGAUCCCAGGGCCUUCCUCCUCACUAUGAUGAUGUUGAGCCAGGUGACUUACUGUACUUCCCAAGAGGGACCAUCCACCAAGCUGACACUCCUCUUGGGACCUCCCAUUCCACACACGUGACCAUCAGUACCUACCAAAACAACACAUGCUUGAGGCUCUA